UGUGCCGUCUGGCUUCUGCUGUCAACAAGGGGGAAAAAUUCGCGAAUCUGGAAAACAAAGUCCCUCUUUUCGUUGCCGUGAAAAUCAAAACCUUCCAAAGUCCAACUAAACCCGCUCGCGAAGAGGGUCAUAUCCCAGGCGAGCUUGCCAUAGAACCUUUCGAAUAGGGAGCAUCCGAAACUGCUGACCAAAAUGCACAAAGUGGACGAGGCCGCCUUAUCCCGGAUGCUUUCCACGUACUGGGACCCAACGACUACGAAAAAGGACGUGAUAAACGUACUUCGCUUGUACCAUGGACUGCAGCAUCGAGUGGAAGAGUACGUGUUCAACGACGGCAGCACGAAAAUGCUGCUCAAUCUUCACGGGACGAUUCCGGUGAAGUUCAAGGGCAACACGUACAACAUCCCGAUCUGCAUCUGGCUGAUGGACACGCACCCAAAGAAUGCCCCGAUCUGCUACGUGAAACCAACGCCCGAUAUGCGAAUUAAGGUUUCCUCAUUCGUUGAUUUCAACGGGAAAAUCUAUCUGCCAUAUCUGCACGAGUGGAAUCCGAAAAAUGCCGAUCUAUUGGAUUUGAUCCAAAUCAUGAGUGUAACGUUCGGAGAUGUACCCCCCGUUUAUUCCAAGGGACCAGACACGUACCCGAAACAACAACCGUAUAUGCCACCGAUGCCACCUACCACUAGCACCUCAUACAUGCAACCAUAUCCGUCGCAAUCCGGGUUCCCACCCUAUCCAGUACCGGGAGCAGGUCCAGGAUAUAAUGGUUAUGGGCAACCGCCCGGACCUCAGGGGCCGGCGCCUGGAGUACCAGGGCAAGGAUAUCUACCAUACGGAGCAGGUGGUGGCGGUGCUGGCGGAAUGCCUGCUUACCCACCCGUUCCGGGCUCUAUAUCGUCGACACCAGCUAUGGGAACGGGGACCAUCACCGAGGAACAUAUCCGGGCAUCAUUAAUCAGUGCCGUGGAGGAUAAAUUGAAGCGACGCGUGCACGAAAAAGUCAACCAGUGUCAGGCCGAAAUACAAACCCUGAAGCGGACGCAGAUGGAGCUGAAUGAGGGACAGACCAAGAUUCAGGACAUCAUGACGCGGCUGCAGCGUGACGAGCAGGAACUCACGAAGAGCAUCACGGUGCUGAAGGAUAAGGAGAAGGAGCUGGAACGGGCCCUCGAAUCGAUUGAACAGGUGGACACGAUCGAUGUCGAUGAAGCAGUUACCACUACGGCUCCACUUUACAAACAAUUGCUGAAUGCCUAUGCCGAGGAAGCGGCCAUCGAGGAUGCGACGUAUUUCAUUGGAGAAGCUCUGCGAAGCGGAGUGAUCGAUUUGGAAGUGUUUCUCAAACAAAUUCGGCAGUUGUCCCGCAAGCAGUUUAUGCUACGUGCGUUGAUGCAAAAAUGCCGACAAAAGGCGGGUCUAAGUGUCUAGGGAAAUCCAGCAGCUCUGUGUGCUCGGAUGGGCGAUUAUAUUCAACCCACUACCCUCUCCAUAGGACGUACGCCGUUCCCGUUCAUGAUUAUGUUCGUGUUUGUGUUCUACGUGCUUCAAGUUCUCGUGCCUCCCGUCGUUGUGUUGCGUAGGAUUAAGCCACCAGCAAGCCAUCAGCUAUAUACAGCCUACCCCUAUCGUGAUAUUGUUUAUCUUCUCAGUUAUCUGCCUCUGCGAACAAUAAAGAUUCUAUCCAUUUCUCAAUCA